AUGUCAGCGUUAUUUAAUUUAGAUUCUAUGGUAACUGUUAUCAUAUUAUGUAUAUGUACAUGUACUUACUUAAAGCCAAGAUUCCCAAACGUUUUUGACAAUAAAAAAAACGGUUUUUUAGGUACAUUAGGGAAGUUUGCAAUUAUAGGAGAUCGUUUAUCAAUUUACGUAUCAAUCUCCUGUAUCAUAUUAGCAUUUUUUAACAUAUUCGCACGUUAA